GGAAUUCUAAUAUAGAAGAAGAAGAUGAGAGCUAGAUCAAGACGAGCGUCUAUGGUUAAAACGUAUAUAAUUUUUUAUUUUUUUUUUAGAAAAUGACCGAUCGUUUCGCUAGAUAAGACCCUUAUUCCCCGUCUGAGAUCGUUUAAAGCCCUUUGAAGCUGCACUGAAACUGUAAUUUUGACCUUCAACCGUUUGGGGCCAAUUGAAGUCCACUAUAAGGAGAAUAAUCCUGGAAUGUUUUCAUCAAAAACCUUAAUUUCUUUUGGACUGAAUAAAGAAGGACAUGGACAUCUUGGAUGACAUGGGGAAUCAGUUCGGGGGACCCGAGUGUUGAUCACAGGGGCCAGUUCAGGGAUUGGGGAGCAGAUGGCCUACCAUUACUCAAAGUUUGGAGCUCAGAUCAUCAUCACUGCGAGACGAUUAGAGGCUUUAAAAAAGGUGGCGCAGAAGUGUGUGAAACUGGGCGCACAGAAGAUGAUGUACAUGACCGGAGACAUGUCUGACCCCGCUGACCCCGAGAGAGUCAUCAAAUACGCUGUGGAAAAACUGGGUGGACUGGACUUUCUAGUGUUGAAUCAUGUUGGAAACACCAACGUUGAGUUCUGGAACAGAGACGCAGACCACGUCAGGUCACUCAUGCAGGUGAAUUUUGUGAGCUACGUGCAGAUGGCCGGAGCAGCACUUCCCGUGCUGGAAAAAUCUGCCGGUUCCAUCAUUGUAGUUUCCUCAAUGGCAGGUAAGUUGGCGAGUCCAUUUGUGGCUCCGUACACCUCUACUAAGUUUGCGAUGAACGGAUUCUUCGGAGCACUGCAGAAUGAACUAGCAAUCCAGAAGAGCAACGUGUCUGUGUCCAUCAUGAUCCUCGGACUGAUCGACACAGAGUCGGCUAUGAAUAAGAUCAGAGGAUUCACCACGAUGACCGCCUAUCCUGCCAGUGAAGCCGCUCUGAGCAUCAUCAAAGCCGGUGCGACCCGUCAGAAAGAGGCCUUCUACCCGUGGUUCCACUAUUUCACCUGCCUGAUCAACAACAUCUUCCCCUUUGUGAAAGAUCUUAUGCUGGCAGUCCUCAGCAAAGAAAAGGACUAAAACGUGCAGAAUUCAGAGUUUCAGACAUUAACAGGAAUUUUUAUUAUUUUGUGAGAACAUAUGUAUUGUGAUGAGUGAAUGUUGUAUGUGCACUUGAGUCAACUUUUGCAUAGGGUUGGUUAGGAAAUAAAGGACAGCAGGCCAUUCUUCA